AUGCUGCGGGCAGCCCGCCCGCAGUGCCUUCCAAGCUUUUCAUGGCGAAUCGUUGGUACAGUCUGUGCUGCGGGCAGGCUGCCCGCAGUGCCUUCGAAGCUUUUCAUCGCGAAUCUUGGGUACACUCGAAUCUUGGAUACACUCGGUUCUGCGGGCAGCCUGCCGGCAGUGCUUUGCCUUCCAAGCUUUGAUCGCGAAUCUUGGGUGCACUCUGUGCUGCGGGGAGCCUGCCCGCAGUGCCUUCCAAGCUUUUCAUCGCGAAUCUUGGGUACACUCGGUGCUGCGGGCUGCCUGCCCGCAGUGCCUUCCAAGCUUUUCAUCGCGAACGUGGGUACACUCGGUGCUGCGGGCAGCCUGCCCGCAGUGCUUUCCAAGCUUUUGAUCGCGAAUCUUGGGUACACUCGGUGCUGCGGGCAGCCCGCCCGCAGCUGCCCGCAGUGCCUUCCAAGCUUUUCAUCGCGAAUCUUGGGUAGACUCGGUGCUGCGGGAAGCCUGCCCGCAGUGCCUUCCAAGCUUUUCAUCGCGAACAUGGGUACACCCGGUGCUGCGGGCAGCCCGCCCGCAGUGCCUCCAAGCUUUUCAUCGCGAAUCUUGGUUACACUCGGUGCUGCAGGCAGCCUGCUGGCAGUGCCUUCGAAGCUUUUCAUCGCGAAUCUUGGGUACACUCGGUUCUGCGGGCAGGCUGCCGGCAGUGCUUUGCCUUCCAAGCUUUUGAUCGCGAAUCUUGGGUACACUCGGUGCUGCGGGCAGCCUGCCGGCAGUGCUUUGCCUUCCAAGCUUUUGAUCGCGAGCGAAUCUUGGGUAGACUCGGUGCUGCGGGCAGCCUGCCCGCAGUGCCUUCCAAGCUUUUCAUCGCGAAUCUUGGGUGCUGCAGGCAGCCUGCCCUCAGUGCCUUCUAAGCUUUUCAGCGCGAAUCUUGAGCGCUGCGGGCAGCCUGCCCCCAGCGCCAUCCAAGCUUUUCAUCGCGAAUCUUGGGUACACUCGGUGCUGCGGGCAGUCUGCCGGUACACUCGAAUUUUGGGUACACUCGGUUCUGCGGGCAGCUUGCCGGCAGUGCUUUGCCUCCCCAAGCUUUUGAUCGCGAGCGAAUCUUGGGUAGACUCGGUGCUGCGGGCAGCCUGCCCGCAGUGCCUUCCAAGCUGUUCAUCGCGAAUCUUGGGUCCACUCGGUGCUGCGGGCUGCUAG